CGCCGUAAACGAUGGUUGUCGGACAGAGUCUUGAGGAGCUAAUGAAACUGACUGGUCGACUUGUUUGCCUCGAUCCCAGAGCUCAGCAGCAGCAGCGGGCUCUGCACCUCCCGCAUCUGGUGGACGGACACAUCACAAGACUUCUUUUUGUCUAAAGAAGAGGAUUAGUUUGUAAUCUUUUAUUUGACCACAUCUUGGCCCCCCCUCUCUCUCCUCCAGCCAUAAUUACCUUUUUUCUGUUGUUGUUGCUGCACGUAAGCAGCACAGAAACUCUUCUUCCCAGGGGACAGGAGCCGCUUCGUGCCCGCGGGGGAGACGGACCUCCCGCUCGGAUCCGGCGCACCGGCCCCCCCGCACUCCUCUGGCGGGCUCGGAGGCUUCAUUCCCGGCAGUCUGCUGGGAUGUUUGAGUCGCGUUGUUUGGUGGGGUGAAGGGACCGAGAGAGAGAGAGAGAGGGAGGGAGAGAGAGAGAGUGGCCGGAGGCACCGAGAGGGGACGGAGGAGGCCGAGCAUGGCUCCGGUGGCGCUGCCUCUCUGGGUGCUCACGAGUCUCACCUGGGCGAGCGCGCUGCAGGCGUCCGCCAACAGGCACUCCGUCUACUGGAACAGCUCCAACAUACAUCUGCGCAGGGAGGGCUACACAAUGCAGGUGAACGUCAACGACUACCUGGACAUCUACUGCCCUCAUUAUAACGACAGCCAGCGCAUGGUUGGCACCGGCGAGCAGUACGUCCUCUACAUGGUCAGUUACCGUGGCUACAGGAACUGCGACCCCCAGCUGGGCUUCAAGCGGUGGGAAUGUAACCGGCCUCAUGCCCCCCAUGCCCCCAUCAAGUUUUCGGAGAAGUUCCAGCGCUACAGCGCCUUCUCGCUGGGCUACGAGUUCCACGUUGGACAGGAGUACUAUUACAUCUCCACGCCCACCCAUCACCACGGCCGCAGCUGUCUGAGACUACGGGUGUACGUCUGCUGCUCCACGGCCUCUGAUGUGGAUGAUGAUCCAGAACCCACAGAACCAGACUACACACUUAGACCAGGCCUAAAAAUCGAUGAUAUUGAUGAAUUUAACCCCUUUGUUCCCAAGCUGGAGAAGAGCGUCAGUGGAAGCAGUCCAUCCAGGGAUCGCCUUCUCCUCACCGUGACGAUGCUACUCCUGGCUGUUCUCUUCAUCUCCUAGCAACGACCAUCCCAUUCCCAUCAGCGUCACCAUGCCAGCUAGCCUUGGGAGGCUGCACCGUUUCAGCGGGUGGGAGAGGAAGGGGGGCUUCGGGAGAGGAGAGUGAAGAUCACAAAAAAGCAGAAAGCAAGAGGAGCAAGACUCUGAAAGGAGAGUUUUCAAGCGUCAGAGUGUGAUUGUGUGUGUGUAUGUGUGUGUGUUUGAUGGAGUGUGGUUUUGGUGGAGUUGAAAGACCUUCGGGCGCCUGGUGACACAGACUGAACUGUAUGUUUCAUUAAAGUCAGUCUGUGCACACA